UCCACAAAUCUGUGCGUUGCCGGACAAGUGCUGGAAGGCAAAAGGAUUGAAACAAAUUUGAAUAGUUUGUCUAAUGUCCGCGAUUAAAUCCUUCUUCAGCAAUAUUAUGUCCUGACUUUUGACUUACACUUUUUGGCAGAGGAGCACAGUCAGAAUGCGACUGUGCAGCAGUGUCAUCCACCUGCUGAUGAGAUGCCUGAGGGGCUGCUCCAGGCAGACACGCGGCCACAUGCUUGGCAGGCUGAGAGAGCCCCUAAGCUACAUCAGCCUCAUUAUGCAGUCCCUCUGCUACAACUCACUCACCAACUCUGAUGUGGUGACAGAUUCUCUCUUCGAGCCAGUCUUCUGGAUGGUGGAUAUUCUAACACGUUGGUUUGGGAAGGUCUUUGUAUUUCUAGUAGUGACUCUCACCAGUUCCGUACUCCUUAUUGCAUACGUCAGCAUCCUCCCCUUGGCUCUUCGUACCUAUUCUAUCGGCUGGAUAGCAUGGCACGUGUGUUAUGGACACUGGAACUUAGUCAUGAUAGUCUUCCAUUACUACAAGGCUACCAGGACAUCCCCUGGGUACCCUCCUAAGAUGAAGAAUGACAUUUCGUUUGUAUCUGUCUGCAAAAAGUGUGUAAUACCCAAACCACCAAGAACUCAUCACUGUGGGAUUUGCAGAACGUGUGUACUGAAAAUGGACCAUCACUGCCCUUGGCUUAACAACUGUGUUGGACAUUUCAACCAUCGAUAUUUCUUCUUCUUCUGUCUCUACAUGACUCUCGGCUGCCUCUACUGCAGCAUCAGUGGCCGUAACCUUUUCAUAGAUGCGUAUAAUGCCAUAGAUCACUUCAAGCACAUGGAUGUGGAAAAACAAGGGGUUCCAGUGACAGGUGAAGGCCUGCUCAUAGGAAUCCUGCCACAAGAAUCCAUGACUGGGAAGAGUUAUCAAAGAGAAACAUCAUCUUACACUUUUAAGGACAGGAUGUUUCAUAAGAGCAUUAUCUACAUGUGGGUCCUUACAAGCACGGUAGCUGUUGCUUUAGGGGGCUUGACAGCAUGGCAUGCGAUCCUCAUCUCCCGUGGAGAGACCAGUAUUGAGAGACAUAUCAACAGUAAAGAGGCCAAACGAAUGAAAAAGCGAGGAAAGGUCUAUAAGAAUCCCUUCAACUAUGGAAAAGUGAACAAUUGGAAGAUGUUCUUUGGUGUAGAGAAGAGGAGUCAUUGGCUGACGAGGGUUUUGCUACCUUCUGGACAUGUUCCUUAUGGUGAUGGUCUGACGUGGGACAUCUAUCCACUUAAAAAAGACAUGAUUCCAGUUUGAGCAGAUUUUUGUGCCGGUGGAAUGUAAUGUCAGUGGAGGCCAGUUCACUCUGCAGGUCACUGUCUAACUGUGCCAGGACAGGAGACAGAUCCAAAGCCGUGCACACAUGGAAUCAGUCAAGGCCGUUGAUAUGGGAUGAUGGUAAUGAGGAGGACAAAAACUGUCAAUUAUGCAUAUUUGUUGUUUGUUUUACUUUUGUGACUCCUGAUGAUGGAUCUUUUUCUAACAUACAUUUCUUAUGCCUGAAGCUCAUAUGUGGUGUGAAGGUAGUGGCGGUAUUGAUUGUGAGAGACUGUGGAGCUGUGCUCCAUCCAAAUGCAAGACUAUGUAUGACUGUCUGCCUGAAAGAAAAGGGUUCAGGGUUCAUUUGUUAUUUAUCCUCUGUUUGUCAUGCUUAUGCUCCCAGUCGAAAGUCAGAGACAUUUUUGUUUAUUUUCAUUGGAAAAAAAUGGUCAGGGGUGGUUUUUCAUAGGAUUUUUUGUACUCUCUACAAUUUCAAAAGCUAUUGGAGUAAGCUAUUAAUAUUCUGUCAUAUUGUCAUGAGUCUUAUGUUUUUAUUUAUUUUAAAUUCUCUGUACCAAAUUAUAUGUAUAAUGAUAUCAUUACUAUGGUUAGUAAAAUGAGUUGGAACAUAAUUCUUGUCUUUUGUGACCUGGAACAUACAGUAAUUCUUGAUAUUUUUAACCCCAAAUAAAACCAAGAAUUUGUUUUUCUGUUA